GUUGGCGAUUACCUGUUCCGCCGUCCCAAGGAGAUCGAGGUCGGGACGGUCUUUGGAGUCCCAAAUUACGACCUAGCCUUGCUCGAUCUCAUCCCGACAGAAGGCUUGGCCAGGAAUGGUUCAUCCAAUGAGCUCGCAGUAGCCUACUCAGCCGAUGGAUUCGUCCGUAACAAAGCCUUCGGUGUUCUGGUUACUACCUUCAGCCGCGGUGAGCUGAACGCUCUCUGCGGUAUCGGUGGUGAAAACUGCGAGUUUGUCCCCGUCCUGCACAUCGGCGGGUAUCCUGCCGUGGCGGCUCAGAAGAGCGGGCAGAUUCCAAAUCAUACCAUGGGUGACGGAAAAUAUGAAUAA